UGACCUUCCUCGCAGCAUCGCCGCGGUCCAGUGAGACCUUGAGAGCAGAGAGAGUCGGACGGCAAGAUGGCGACUGUUGCUGCAGGACUGCUGCUGAGCUUACUGGGAACCGUGGUCGGCGCACCCGUCAGGACCUACGAUCAGCGUCAGCAGGGAGAACUGAACAUCCACGCACAGCUGGACAACAUCGUCAUCGUGCUGAUACCCACGUCGAGCUUCAACCUGCUGAGUCUUGCGGGCAAGACCAAGUUCACGAGUGAUAAGCCUGGUGGCGUGGACAAAACGGACUUCCUCCAGUUCUUCCAGAAACCACAAAAGAGUGACAUUGACAGGUAUGAGGCCCUCUUCGCGAGCGACCACCCUCAAGCUGAAAACAACGCUAUAAAGACAGAGGAGGCGGUCCCGAUUAUCACAUCUUCACAGGUGAUUCUCGACCAGGAGGGACAGACAGAUGGAGGAAAGGAAGAGGAGGUUGUUGCAACAGUGGAGGAGAUGAAGCCUGACACGGCCGAGGAGACGGCGGCACCGCCCAAACCUGAGGUUACGGAAGAUACGUCCAUCAAAGAGGCGACUGUCAGCGAGACCGUGCAAGAAUCCGUGCUCAAGGUUUCCAUCCCUGACGCUCUGAAGGAAGCAGCUGAAACAGCUGAAAAACAAGCCAGCGCCCAAGAUUCUGUGGAGAAUCCAGAAGAAGAUGAAGUUAAAUCUCCGGAAGCUUCACUUAGCGAAGCCUCCCAAAACAAACUUCCUGACGAAACCAAACCAAUAGAUUUACCCGAAAAAAUUCCAGAGAAAGAAGAUAAAGUACCUUCACCCGUUGAAGAAGAACUAGUACAAUCAUCUGUAGAUUCCUCUAAAAGUGAUGAGCCUACGAUUAAAGAUCUCAUCAAACCUGUAGCCGAAAAAGAAGAGAAGCAUACACCCGAUGUCCUGAAGAAGACGCCAGAGCCAGCACCCUCCACUGUGAAGAAGAGCUCGGAACCGGUGAGACUGGAGGGAGUGCGCAAGGAGAAGGUGAUCAGGUACAAACCGGAGACGAAAUGGGCACCGGAGCUCGUGGACCUCCUGGGACCAACGAGACAAAAGCCUAAGGACCUCGAGGAGCGGAGAUUCGCCAACCUUUGCUCGCCGGGGGUCUGGGACUCGGAGCUGAAGACCUGCAUCAUGCCAGGAGAGACAAGGAGCCGAACUGAGCUAGCAAGAUUCCUGGAGGCUAUGAGAUUUGGAAUCGCAAUUCCAGCAAAGUGAACGGGAAUCUCCGGAAAUCCAGAUUUGGAAUCCACAUAUAAAUCAAAAUAAGCGAAAUAUGAAUCAAAGUACCUAAGUAGUGAGUGAUCUGUUAAAAAUGAAAUAUGUAGAGAUAUUUAAUGACUGUUGUACAUUUUUCAUAUUAUUUAUAUAAUACGCUUAGAAUAGAUAUAAAUGCUGUAGACUGUUCCAUUUUAGAUUUUAGUUCUACGUUAAUAUUAACUGAAACAUUAGGUUUAGUGAAACAAUAAACGAUAUUUUACAUGAA